AUGCAGAAGCGAAUGGGAGCCGGAGAUGCGGAGUUGAGGGGCCUGGUGAAAGACCACAGAAGUGGUAGUGGGGGCACACCUGCGAACCGCAGAAGCGGUCAAGUGAUCGCAGAUGCUGAGGACGUGACACCAGACGCCUCCCCCAGGCGGAAUGGUUCACCUCUCCCUCAUGGCAGCAUCACAGCCUCACACGGUAAAGGGGGCUCUACAUCCACAACGGAAGAGGCACCACCAGCAGUGAAAACGCUGCUCGAGGCGUGGUUGACAAACACGCUGACUAGCAUUCUCGACAAGCCCAUCCAAAGGACGAACAGAGAAGAUGCGAGAGUUUGCGUCGCACCAGCGACAGACGAGCAGCAAGGCCCUCCUCUUGUAACAGGUAUUACUCACAAUGUUAAUGAUGCAGGCGCCCCAAAACUCUUACCAAAAAAGGAUGCCGGCCGAUUUGUUGAGCAACCGUACAGUGAUGAAGCUGCACCACACGCCAUAACUAAAACCUUCAAAAUGCCGCCAUACUUGAAAAUAUACGACGGCACGAUGGACCCUGAGGAUCAUGUGACCCACUACGUCACCGCAGUAAAAGGCAACGACCUCGCAAAAGAACAAGUGUCUUCCAUAUUAUUGAAGAAGUUUGGAGAAGCCCUCACCGGGGGAGCACUGACUUGGUACUCACAGCUACCUGCACGUUCCAUAGAGACGUUCGAGGAAAUGGCCGACAAGUUUGUAACUGUCCAUGCCUGGGCUAAGAAAGCAGAGGCGAGGGUGAAUGACAUAUUUGCCAUUAAACAAUCACCCGGUGAAGCACUAAGAGAUUUCCUCGCCCGAUUCAACCGUGUGAGAAUGACCUUACCAAAAUGUAUCCGAGGGAAUGGCAGUAGCAGCUUUCCAGAACGGGUUAAACAGGAACGGUUCGAGGGCGACCAGAAAAGUUAA